AUGUCUCGUCGUAUGAAUGGUUCAAUCGGCCCACAUGAUGAGGGUUUCAGUGUGGUUGUUCGUGCUUUGAAUGAUGUUGCUCAAGCGAUGCAACAACAAGUGAAUUUUAAUCAUAAUGCACCUCCUCCUCCUCCACCACUUGAUCAACGAGCUUUGUUAGUUAUAAGGUUUAGUGAACAAAAGCAUGAUUCCUUCAAGGGUAGUCCUGAUCCACUGGUCGCUGAAGAUUGGAUAAAUAAGAUUGAGAAAAUAUUCACCCUAUUAGGCGUGAAUGACGAGGAUAAGCUGGAUCUUGCUGUUUUUAAGCUUGAGGGUGAGGCCACUCGCUGGUGGGAAUUGACUCGUCGUUCUAGGAAUGACGGUCUGUUUACCUGGGUGGAAUUUCGACUCGCCUUCCUAAAUAAGUACUUUCCACAAACUGCACGAAACCAACGCAUGAUCGAGUUUAUGCAGUUGACUCAGAGAAAUAUGACUGUAGCACAGUAUCAAGCCAAGUUUGAAGAACUUUCUCGUUUUGCUACUCAUCUGGUGGAGAAUGAAGAGCUGAAGGCUUUUAAGUUUCAGGAGGGACUUAGGCCUUCAAUUAAGGGUAGGUUGUCUAUUUUGAAGAUUACCUCUUAUAAUGAGAUAGUGGAAAGAGCGAUGAUUGUUGAGAGAGACAUUGAGGAGAGAAACCAACAACCCUUUGUACCUCAGGACCAACGUCAAGGUUAUCAGCAGAACCGUCCUCAGAACAAUCCACCACAAUACCAAGCUCGGCAGCCCCCUCAACAACCUAAGGCGUUCAAUAUUGCUCAUGUUGGUCAGGAUCCGGAUAACUCAGUUGUUGAAGGUACAUUCUUAGUUUACAAUUCUUGGGCUAAGAUAUUAUUUGAUACUGGUGCUACUCAUUCGUUUAUUGCUUCUUCGUUUACUUUGUCAUUGGGUUUGAAAACUGAAUUACUUGAUGGGCACCUAGGCAUAGCUAGUGCGGUAGGGGGUAGUGCACGUGUUGACCGCGUGGCACGAAUGUGUGUAGUACGUAGCUAA